AUGGCGGGCGAGCGAGAGGGCGUGCCGUCGGAUUUGGAGCAGCGGCUGCAGCGCGCGUGGAUGCACGUGCAGCUCAAAACGUGCCGCAUCGUGCAAGAUCAUCCGUGCGGCGGCCACCAAGGCGCGCACACGCACACGCACGGCGGCAACACGCGCGGCGGCGGUCAGCAGCAGCCGUCGCUACCGCCGCCGCAGCGCACGGCGCGGGAUCUGACGGCGACGCUGCAGCAGCUGUGGGGCAACACGCAGGAGCCGCUCGUUCCGCCCGCUGACCCCCGCCAGCCCCCCCGUGAGCCGCGACCUCCGCCGCAGAUUUCCUAUCCCUGCUCCCUUCCGCCCGACACCUCUGGCGCCUCGUCGCAGGGCAAUCGCACAGCCUCUCCCGGGCCGUCCGCGAGCUCGUCCUCCUCGCACUCCAAUGGCCUCACGCCACGUCAGCAGCCACAGCCGGCGGCCGUGCCUCUGAACUCCGCGGGGCAGCCGUGUCAGCAGCUCUCCCCCUCCCCCUCCACCUCCACCGGACAGCCCAGCCCCGGCGGCUCCCCCGCGCCGUGCGCCUUCGUGCCAGGGCAGGCGGGCGGCGGCAGCGGGGGCGUGUGGCCGCGGCACGGGCCGAACUCGGUGGCGGAGCAGCUGCGCGAGCUGAGCGCGGCGGAGUGGAUGGCGCGCGUGCAGCAGGUGGAGCCGGUGGCGCUGGGCGCGGAGUACAUGGAGGCGGACUUCUUCCGCGGCCUGGACGAGCUCACCUUCGCCUUCGACGAAAUGGAGUCGCUCCUCCCCCACGACCUCAACCCCGCCUUCCUCUCCGCGCCCCCAGACGCCUUCCCCGGCGCACCAGGGGACGCAGGCAUGGGCGUGGGCAUGGGCGGGGGAAUGGGGACGGGCGAGGAGGAGCUGCUGGGGAUGGCGGUGGACCGAAUGGUGCAGACUAACCACGCCAGGGAUGGCGGGCAGGGCGCAGAGCAGCAGGGCGGGGGAGUAGUGGGGGCGGGAAGUGCGACGUCAGGGGAGAGCCAGGGGCGCGCGGAUAGCCAAGGGCGCGCGGAGGAACUGAUGGCGCAGAUGCAGCGGGCGGCGCUCAGCAGCCCGAACGGCUCCCAGGAGGGGUGGCAGCAGGGGCAGGCGCAGGGGCAGGUGCAGGGGCAGACGAUGCAGCAGACGGCGCAUGGAGUGCAGGCGGCGCAGCAGCAGGGGGAGCAGGCGGGGGGAGGAGCAGGCAGCAGUGGUGGCACGGGGCGGUCGUCGGUGAUUGAGAUGCUUCUAGACAUCGCCAAGGCCAUUGUGUCCGGCGACCACCUCCGCGUGCACGUGUUGGUGGAGCGCCUAACAGCAGUGGCGUCAGUAUACGGGGACGCCACGCAGCGAGUGUCCGCCUACUUCCUCGAGGGGCUGCUGGCGCGCGCCUCCGGCACGGCGCCCACGGGCCCCGGCUGCCCCGGCAGUGACGGCGCCGGCGCAGCGGGCGCGCUGGGCAUCUACCGCUCCAUCGACUGCGAUGCGCCGCUGCUGCGCGCCUUUGAGGUGCUAGUGAGUGCAUCACCGUACCUGACGUUUGGCCACGUGGCGUGCAACAGCGCGAUACUGGAGGCCAUCCAGGGCGCGCGGCGGGUGCACAUAGUGGACUUCGGGCUGGGCCACGCCGUGCAGUGGCCACCACUCAUCCAGGCACUCGCCGUGCUGCCGGGGGGCCCGCCGCAUCUGCGCAUAACGGGCAUCGACCGCCCCUUUGUGGCGGGCAUCCACAAGGGCUACUGCCUUCGCCAAGCGGGCCAGCGCCUAAGGAAAGUGGCGGCGAGCUGGGGGGUGCCGUUCACGUUCAACUUCAUCCCCAUCAACCUACCAGACCUGCAGCCAUCCAUGGUGCGCUGCGAGGCGGACGAGGUGCUCGUGGUCAACUGCGCUCUGCGCCUGCACAACCUCAUGGACGAGUCCGUCACGCCCUCCAACCCGCGCGCCGCCGUGCUGCGCACCAUGCGCGCGCUCGCGCCCGCGGUCACCACCCUGGUGGAGCAGAACACCAACCACAACUCGCCCUUCUUCCUCAGCCGCUUCCUCGAGGCCCUCCAUUACUACGCGUCCAUCUUCGACGCCCUCGAUGCUUCCGUGCCCGCGGACUCGAGCGAGCGGCGGCUGUUUGAGCAGCGCGUGCUGGGGCGCGCCAUUGUGAACGUGGUGGCGUGCGAGGGGCAGGACCGCACGGAGCGGCAGGAGCCGCUGGGGCAGUGGGAGCGCCGCGUGCACCGCGCCGGGUUCGUGGGGUACCCGCUGAGUCGUGAGGUCGUGGCCACCGCCACCGCCCUGCUCUCCACGUACAAGGGCCCGUACUCUUUGUCGUCAGAGCAACCCAACAGCCUCACCCUCAACUGGAAGGACCAACCACUGCUUGCCAUGUCAGCGUGGCGGCCCAACAGCUAA